AAGCCGCGAAAUUGGCUGUUUUCGUAAGAUUCUCAUUUAUAAUUUCCAUCUCUCACCAUUUUCCUCGUGGUCUGUAAUUCGCGAAGUUGAAUAUGAAUAAUUCGUCCAGAGGAAAGCUUACCGAUUUUCACGAAGCCGUCAGAAAGGAGGCUGAAGAUGCAGUGAAAAAUUUCUUUCCAGACAGGGUGUUUGAGCUUGACAAGCUUCUUAAGUCCGACAUGUUUGACAAGGAUUCCAUAGUCAGAGUACAAAAAGCUGUUAACAUGCCAGUCUAUAAAAAUGAUGCCAUUAUUGAUGGAGAGCCAUACAAUAAGAAGAGAAAGGUGGUGGAUGGCCAUGAUACUCAAACUGUUAAUCACUCUUCACCAUCUUUCAUUACCCAUAUUCCUUGCAACAAGUAUCUUUUGCAAGUAAUUGAACUUCUGAAACCAAAAAUCCAGACAUUGAUGGAAAAGUGUAAUACUGUGAAAAUGUGGAUUCAGUUACUAAUUCCAAGAAUAGAGGAUGGAAACAACUUUGGAGUUUCUAUUCAGGAAGAAACUCUCAGUGAAGUACAGAGAAUUGAAGGAGAAGCAGCCACAUUUCUGGACCAGAUAUCAAGGUAUUACAUCACAAGAGGAAAACUUGUCUCCAAAAUCAUAAAGUACCCGCAAUUAGAUGAUUACAGACAGGCUGUGAUUGAAUUAGAUGAGAAGGAAUUUACCAGCUUACGUCUCUGUUGCUGUGAGCUGCGAAACCAUUAUCUUUCUUUACAUGACACCAUUACAAAGAAUCUCGACAAGAUCAAGAAACCACGCACAAAUAAUGCAGACUCCCUGUAUUAAAAUUUUUUGCCAUCUCUGAUAUGUCCAUGAAACAUUUCUGUAUUCCACUGAAGAGUAUUGACUCUGUUGUCACCAAUAAACAUAGUAAACUGGUACUCCUACAUGGCAAAAUAUUCUAUUUUAAGAUACACAUGUAUUCUUAAUUUUAACCAUCAGUAGUAAUAUGUAGACACUUAUGUACUGUACUAAGUAGUACCUCCUGCCAUUUUCCUGCCUGCUAAACAAAUUGUAAACUUAAAGUGAACACACAUAAAUUUGUUUGCAAAGUUUACUAUGUGAUUUUUUUUAAGGGUCUAAAGGAGUUCAAUUAUGAAUCAGAGCAUUAUUGAGGCACCUUUGAGUAACUCUCAGUGGUGCAAACCAGAUUUUAAAUGAGGUACUUCAUAUGUACUUGACAGAGGAGUACUACUGUGAUGAAGUAAUAAAAAAAGCUUUUGGUGGAAUAUA